AUGGCAUCAGAAGACAAUGUUAAUGACAUACAUCCCUGUUAUGAAAUAGAUAAUGGCUCUUACAUCCUGAAAGGCACCCCUUCUACAAUAUGUGUUUUAUUAUUUAUUUUCCUUGGCUCAUUAUCUGUUGUCACAAUAUGUGGAAACCUUCUUGUAAUAAUCUCCAUUAUUUACUUCAAACAGCUCCACACUGCUACAAACUUUCUCAUUCUCUCUCUGGCUGUGGCGGACCUGCUUGUUGGUCUUGUAGUUUUUCCUCUCAGCAUGGUAUUCUCUCUUAGCUCAUGUUUGUAUUAUGAAGAUUUAUUUUGCAAAGUACGAGACAGUUUGGAUGCAACACUGAGCGUAUCUUCCAUUUUGAAUACAUGUUGUAUUUCCAUUGACAGAUAUUAUGCAGUGUGUCAGCCUCUGAACUAUAGAACUAAGAUAAAUGUUAAUGUUGUUGCAGUCAUGAUUGUAGUAAGCUGGAGUGUUUCUGUUUUAGUUGCCAUUGGCCGUGCAAUUCCAGGAUUAAUCAAUGAAAAAUGUAAAGAAAACUGUGUUAUUGAUUUUCGACGUGCAAGAAUUUUGGCACAGUUUUUCUCAUUUUAUCUCCCAGUGAUCAUAAUGCUCUGUAUCUACCUAAAGAUUUUCCUUGUUGCCCAGAGACAGGCACGCAGCAUCCAGAACACAACCUGUCAGAACACAAAGUCUGGAGCAACUGCCAGUAAGAUGGAGAGAAAGUCCACCAAAACCCUGGCUAUUGUUAUGGGAGUUUUUCUGAUGUGCUGGACUCCUUUCUUUCUCUAUGUUAGCUGUCAGGUUUUGAAUCACGUGCCCAUGUGGGUGCCACUGUUUGAAACUCUUAACUUGCUCACACUGUCAAAUUCAAUGUUCAAUCCAUUCAUUUAUGCUUUCUUUUACAGCUGGUUCAGAUCAGCUUUAAGAAUGAUCAUUUCGGGAAAAAUAUUUCAAGGUGAUUUUACGAACACGAAACUGCUGUGACGUAUUCUUUGGAGUGCUGUAAAGGCUCACGAAUGUGUCAUGAAACUCUGCAACCUGUAAGGCAGCAUCAUGUUUUGAAUGUUUUCUUAAUUAUGCAAUAUAUACUACAUACUAAGGUGAAACACUGACUGA